AUGCCGGGGGACCGCACGCUCCGGCUGCAGCACGGGAACCGCAUCGAGGCCCUGUGCCUGCUGGGCACCCACAUCUCCGCCGACGUCUACGGGGCGGCCCCGGCCGGGGCGGUCUCCUUUGGUGUGAAGCACACAGAGGGGGUGAGCGUGGAGGUGGCAUGCCGGGGCCAAGCAGAGGUCGGGCCAGCCCCCAGCAGCGGGACACGGUGGCCACUGGAUGAGGGGACAGUCCUGAGGUUUAGCAUGAGCCGGGCCAGCACCGAGGUCAACGAUAACAAGGUAACCGUCAGCUUUUACGCAGAGGGAGGGCAGCCCAUCAACCAAGCUGGGGUCUUCCUCACCGGCAUCGGGAUCUCUCUGGACGUCGACGCGGAUCGGGAUGGCGUCGUGGAGAAGAACAACCCCAACAAGGCAAGCUGGACCUGGGGUCCUGAGGGACACGGGGCCAUCCUGCUCGUCAGCUGUGACAAGGAGAGCCCCUUCACUCCGGCAUCAGACUGCGACGACGAAAGGGUAUUCAGCAAAGAAGAUUUGCUGGACAUGUCUCGGAUGGUGUUGAGGACCGAAGGGCCACAGAGCCUUCCCCGGGGGUACGAAAUCGUCCUCUAUAUUCCCUUCUCCGAUGCCGACAAAGUUGGGGUCUUUUAUGUGCAGAACCCCUUCUUUGGGCAGCGCUACGUCCACGUGCUUGGCCGGAGGAAGCUGUACCACACUGUGCAGUACACUGGUGGGGCUGCUGAGCUCGACUUCUUCGUCGAAGGGCUCCGCUUUCCUGAUGACACCUUCCCCGGGCUGGUCUCCAUCCAUGUCAGCCUCCUGGAGACCCUGGCUGAGGGUAUCCCCCAUACACCGAUCUUCACCGACACAGUAGUGUUCAGGGUAGCACCAUGGAUCAUGACCCCCAACACUCUGGCACCAGUGAACGUCUUUGUCUGCAGCAUGAAGGACAACUACCUCUUCGUCAAGGAGAUAAAAAACCUGGUGAACAAGGCCGGCUGUGAGCUGAAGGUUUGCUUCGGCUACAUCAACCGUGGGGACCGCUGGAUGCAGGAUGAGAUUGAGUUUGGCUACACCCAUGCUCCCCACAAAAGCUUCCCGGUGGUGGUGGACUCCCCUCGAGAUGGAGGGCUGGAGCAAUUCCCCAUCAAGGAGCUGCUGGGCCCCGACUUUGGCUACGUGACCAGAGAGCCCCUCUUUGAAUCCAUUGCCAGUCUUGACUCCUUCGGCAACCUGGAGGUCAGCCCGCCUGUGACCGCAGCAGGGAAGGAGUAUCCCCUGGGGAGGAUCCUCAUCGGCAGCAGCUUCCCCACAUCUGCAGGGAGGAGAAUGACCAGAAUGGUGCGGGAUUUCCUCUACGCCCAGCAAGUGCAGGCUCCUGUGGAGCUCUACUCCGACUGGCUGUCCGUGGGCCACGUCAACGAGUUCGUCACUUUUGUGCCUACCUCUGACACAAAGCAAUUUCGGAUGCUGAUGGCCAGCCCCGCGGCGUGCUACAAGCUCUUUCGGGAGAAGCAGAAGGAGGGCCAGGGCGAAGCCACCAUGUUCAAAGGAUACUCGGGGACAGACACAAAACGGGUCACCAUCAACAAGGUCCUUUCCAACGACAUCCUGGUGCAGCAGAACCAGUAUGUCCAGUGCUGCAUCGACUGGAACAGGGACAUCCUCAAGAAGGAGCUGGGGUUGAUGGAGGAGGACAUCAUCGACCUGCCGGCUCUCUUCAAGCUCGACAAGCAGGGCAAAGCCGUGCCGUACUUCCCCAACAUGGUCACCAUGAUCGUCCUGGCCAAGGACCUGGGCAUCCCCAAACCCUUCGGCCCCGUGGUGGGCGGCGAAUGCUGCCUGGAGCGACGGACCCGCUCCCUCCUGGAGCCGCUGGGCCUACGCUGCCACUUCCUCGAGGACGUGGCCUCCUACCACGGCAGCCUCGGGGAGGUCCGCUGCGGCACCAACGUCCAGCGGCAGCCCUUCGCCUUCAAAUGGUGGCACGUAACGCCAUAG